AUGUUGUAUUCCAUAUUGCCAGAUAAAGUUUUUCCAACUGAAGAAAGGAAUGAAAAGUGCAUUGGAAAAUCCAGUCAUCUUUCUGAAGAGGUCUUGGAGGAAACCCAUAAUAGUAAUGUAAGCAGUGAAAAUGUAUCUGAGUUUGAUUCAAUGGCAGACACAGAAACAUUGAAUUAUGAUUAUGGCGCCAUGAAUGGAAUUAUUGAAUCCUUAGACGUACCUUUGACUAGCGGCUCUUUGGGGAAACAAACGACUGUUGGAAAGUUGUCUUUUAUUUGCAUCGAACUUUCCCUCUUUGCAAAUGUCUUUUUAACUGGAUUUGAUAGUACAGUUACUGCUUCUAUCUACACAACGAUAGGAGAUGAGUUUAAUGCAGUCAGUACUGCCUCUUGGAUAACUACUUCUUAUUUGAUUACAAGUACGGCUUUUCAACCCUUAUACGGUUCGUUCUCGGAUGUCUUGGGAAGGCGCAUUUGCUUGAUUUCGGCUACAUUUCUCUUUAUUUUAGGCUGUCUUGGUUGUGGAUUAGCAACACAUAUCUAUACAUUAGAUAUAAUGCGCGCAAUUUCUGGAAUAGGUGGUGGUGGCUUAGUAACAUUGGCCACGAUAAUUAAUUCUGAUAUUAUUGCUCCGGAAAAAAGAGGAAACUGGCAAGCCUUUCAGAAUUUACUUCUUGGUUUUGGUGGGAUUUGUGGUGCAUGUACAGGAGGGCUAAUUACAGCUGUAUUUGGAUGGAGAUGGUGCUUUUUAGUGCAAAUACCUAUUGGAGCAUUAUCAAUUGUAAUUGGGUAUUAUUAUGUCAUUGAUCCUGAAAAUUACAUUGAAAGCAGUAUGACCCUAUCAAAGAUAGAUCUUAAGGGAUCUAUCACCUUAGUGAUAUCACUUUCAUUACAGUUGCUAUACUUAACCAUUGGUGGAAAUGAAAUUGGAUGGUUUGAUAACACUGCAUUGCUUCUUAUUCUAAUAAGUGUGUUCAUGCUUAUUUUGUUUAUAUCUACGGAAAUAGCCACCAACGCACUCCCAAUUUUGCCACCUGAACUUCUGCAAAAUUCUUUCAGUAUGAUUAUUUUAUCCAUUGGGGUACUUGUUGGUUUUGCAAGCUAUGCCUAUCUCUUUUUACUUCCUGUUUUAUUUCAAAUUGUUCUUGGAGAUAGUAUUUCUAUGGCAGGACUACGUUUGGCCUUUCCAUCAAUUUUCACUCCGAUUGGUGGAUUGAUAACCGGAUAUUUCAUGAAUAAAAGCCCGGAUACAUUAUUCGCCUUAGUUUGUUUUGGUUGCAUAUGUAUGUUUAUUGGAAACUACCUUUCCUUACUCAUACAUAAAAAUUUAAAUCCAUGGUUGUUGGCGUUGUAUCUUAUUCCAGCAAAUAUCGGUCAGGGAAUGAUAUUUCCAAGCUCUUUGUUUUGUUUCAUUUACUUUUUUGACAAAGAAAAGCAAGCCAUAGCAACAUCUACGGCGUACUUGUUCAGAAGCAUAGGUAGUGUUUGGGGUGUCGCCUGUUCUGCAUCUAUUGUUAAGCAUUAUCUUAAGAUCUAUGCGGUCCGUAAACUAAAAGAGAUACCAGGAAUGGAUGAAGAAAAAAUAAUGUCUGUUCUUAAAUCCGUAUCCCAAGAUAUCUCUAAAAUUGGAUUUUUGGACCCAAUUGUCAGUGAAAUUAUUAACUUUGCUUACGCUUCCAGUAUUCGGAAGGCAUUGGAAUUUUCGUGCUUCUGUUGUGUUUCUGCCGAUUGGCAGUUUAGAUCAAGACCAGAUUUAGCUCCUCCUAAAUUGAACAUUACAAUUCCUGCUACCUCAGAAGCAGCCCCAGGUUAUAUUUUUUGUGCACCGUUUUCAGGUUAUGCAGACAACAGAAAUCAUGGUCCAAGACAAGCUGCUCCCUACAUAUUUACACAAGAUGGAGAACUUGUUUGGUCCGGCUUCAGUCUCUUCUCGAUCUGGGCCACUAAUUUCCAGGCAGGUAAAAUUAAUGGUGAGAAUGUUCUUUUUUCUUUUGAAGGAUCGCAUAACCCAUUUUAUGGUCAUGGUCAUGGUCACAUCACCAUCCUGAAUGAUAAAUAUGAGACUGUCAAGGAAUUAAGAGCUGGUAAACAUAAGAUCUCAGACAAACAUGAAUUUAAUAUUAUUGAUCAAAAAACUGGAUUGAUUCAAAUAUAUCAGCCUGUUCCAACAGACUUAACAUCCUAUGGUGGUUCAAAAGAUCAGCAAUGGAUUGUUGACGCUAUAUUCCAAGAAAUUGAUCUUGAUACGGGCAAAGUUUUGUUUGAAUGGUCAUCAUUGGAUCACGCGUCGCCAAAGGAUUCCGUUGUUCCGUUAACGCCAGAUCAGGCUGGUUCCGGUUACAACUCCAGCGAUGCUUGGGAUUACUUCCAUAUUAACUCAGUUGAUAAGGAUGAAGAAGGCAAUUAUCUUCUAUCAGCAAGGGAUAUGGCAUCACUUUAUAAGAUUGAUGGCAAAACUGGUGAAAUUUUAUGGAAAUUGGGUGGAAUUCCUGGAAAGACCUCAACCAAUUUCACCGAGAACGAAGAGUUUAAAUUUGGUUUUCAACAUCACGCACGGUUCCUUGCAACAUCACCUGAUGGUAACAAACAGAUCAUUUCCUUCUAUGACAAUUCAGCUCAUGGCUCCGAAGAUAAGGACGGAAGAGUUCUUAAAAUUAAUGAUCAUUCUAGCGGUAAGAUUGUUGAAGUUGACACAAAGAACUGGACUGCGAAAUUAUUGCAAAACUACGAGCCUCCUUAUGAUUUGUUAUCCAAAUCUCAGGGCUCCACUCAGGUUCUUGAAAAUGGUAAUGUUCUCGUUAACUGGGGUUCUGAAGGUGCUGUUACCGAAUACACUCAUGACGGAGAGCCUAUUUUUCAUGCAUUUUUUGAUUCAGGAAGUUUGGGUGAUAAUGUUGAAAACUACAGAGCUUUUAAAUAUCAAUGGCAUGGGUUCCCAACGGAAGAUGUUGCACUUUUUAGUGAAACCACUAUUGAUAAUGAAACGAUAAUGUACGUUUCGUGGAAUGGUGACACUGAGACUAAGAAAUGGAAUUUUUACCGCGUUGGCGACAGUGGAAAAAGAACCAUUUUAGGUGAGAUUGAAAGAAGUGGAUUUGAAACUUCUUUCAAAGUUCCCUCUAUAGUUGAGGAUCCAAUAAUUGCAGAGGCAGUCGAUGCCUCCGGAAAUGUCAUUUCUAUAUCAAGUGCGGUCACAUCUGUUGAGCAGGUGCUACCCCUUAAUACCAAAAUUGAGAAGAGUAGCAAGGAUUUUCUUGAUUAUUUUUCAUGGAAGGCAGCCCAAACGUUUUUUUCAGGGAUUUAA